AUGGCAAAACCACAUUCAACCCUCCCCGUUCUGGAUUUUGCUCAUGGAUCCAAGAAUUUAUUUCCACCGGAAUCACUGGAAGAGACCAGACAAAUGAUCGAGAACCUUUGCAUCCACAUCAAAUUCGCCAGCAAAAUAGAAAAAUGCGAAAAGUUCAUCGGAGGCAACAACACCGCCAUUGCAUUCACAUGUCUCCCUCUCAAAGCAAAAAACAAGAACCAACGAAUCGCCUGCAUCCUACGUACUCCUAUAAAAAACCAUUCCAUAACCAAUCCCCCAACAAAUAUCCACCUCAAAUCCAUCGUAGCCAUUACACAAAAUCUCCGCCGAAAUUUCGACCUUCCCAUCCCGGUAACUCUAGCUUGGGAUUGCACCUACGAAAAUCCCAUUCGAUCUUCCUACACCAUUUUAGAACGCGUCAUGGGCGAAACACUAGAAUAUGAGUACCGCAAGCUUUGUAAAGGAUUAGAGUACAAAACUCUCCGUCAUCCUCAUGAUUUGCGGCGUCGCUGCAAGUAUGCAAAAUGCGUGGCUGAAUUCGUAGCUGCACUAGACAGGACUUCACUCCCUGGAUAUGGGACAUUCGUUCCUCAUGCCAAUAUGCCUAAUAUAGGUAAUUUUACCAGCGCCACUUCGUCUUUGCAGAUUAGUCGUUCUACGAUUAAUGGUGUGAGGAUUCCUUCCGAACCUAUUUUUGCUCAAUGGGUUGCAAAUGUUUUGAAUGCUCGAAUGCGGAAGAUGAUGGAUAUUCACAGUGUUGAUAUGACAGCAGAGGAAAAAUUCAAAAUUCACACGCUUGCGAAAAUUGGUACGGAGAUGGAACAAAAGGGUUUAUUGCUUGAUGAAGCGGCUGUGGUGUGGCAUUUAGAUUUUUAUCCGCGGAAUAUCAUGGUUAGAAGUUCGAGAAAUAGUGCUAUGCUCACUGGAGUUAUUGAUUGGGAUGAUGCUAAGGCUGUAAGUUAUCUAUCCCUUCUCAUGCCAUGUCUUUAUCCCUUGAUUUAUACCUUUUCUACUAAUUAAUAUCUUUACGAAUUCUAAAAUUCUAAAAUUAAUAUUCUCUAUCCAGGUUCCCAGAAUAAUAGCAAGGAGACCCCCUACUUUCCUCUGGAAUAUUAAUAUGCCUGAGAAUCCUUUAUUACCAGAAGAGAAAACAAUAAUUGCGACGGCUUUUAAUGAGGAGAUGGAAAGGCUUCGUCCGGGUUAUUUGAAAGAUGCUUAUUUGGGUCAUAGGGUUAUGGUUAGAGCGUUGUGUGUGUAUGCGUUUUUUGGGGUGGAGUAUAGGUUUUAUCGUGAGUUGAGUUUUGGUGAUUUGGUGAGGAGGUGGGAGGAGUUUAUGGGGAGGGCUUGA